AUGACCAUUACUCUUCAAGAUGUGGGGCUAAUAACCGGGUUGCCGGUCAAUAGUGCAGCUGUUAUAGGCCGAUCACGCCACCAUUGGCCAUCACUAUGUGAGCCAUUAUUAGAUGUCGUUCCACCUAAUAAUGCCAUAAAAGGGUAUUAUUUGAAAAUGAUCUGCCUAACUGAAGAGUUUAGUCAACUUCCAGAUGAUGAGGAAGUUGUACAGAAGUUCACACAAGCAUAUAUUAUGAUGGUCAUUGGAUCUAUUUUUAGUGAUACAUAUGCUUUGCGUGUGAAUCUAAUAUUUUUAUCUUUGCUAGCCGAUCUGGAAGAAACCAGUAAUUAUAGCUGGGAUAAGACAUGUCUGACAUGGUUGUACAGACAGUUAUGUAAGGCGACAAAUUCUGAAAUUAUGCAGAUGGCUGAUCUAUUGUUCAUACUUCAGAUAUGGGCAUGGGACCGUAUCACAGCAGUAUUGCUGACACUGUCUAACCGAAUACCACAUCAUGAUGCUCCACUAGGUAGCAGGUGGAGUAAUGUCAAAGGAGGUUGUCACCCACGUACUAGUGGUGCUGCGUUAUCAGCUUGA